CCGGUCGAUUAUAUUGAGAGGGAUUUUCAAAGUAUGUAUAUAUUUUACGAAUUUGGAAUAGCGAACCGUUUUUCAUUUACAGAAAUACAAUUACGAAGAAAACUAAUUACGGCUGCAUCUUAUACGUUUUGGUUGUUGAUAUUUGGGUGUGUCUAAGCAAUAGUAAUUUGCUGAAACGAAAACUAGUAUUAUUCCAACAAAAUGCUUAUACUGAGUAUAAUAAUUGUCGCUUUAUGCCAGAAUGCGAAUGGACGAAUAUACGUUAACGUUAGUGGAGACAUUAUGUUGGGUGCUCUUUUCCCCAUCCACCGAAAAGGACCGGGAACGGAAAAUUGCGGAAAAAUUCAAUUGGAGGAUGGUAUCCAGCCAUUGGAAGCAAUGAUAUACACGAUCAACCAAAUUAACCGAGAUCCAAAGAUUUUGCCUGGCAUACAAUUGGGUGUUAUAGCUUUCGACAGCUGUGAUAAUCCUAAUUACGCUCUUGAGCAGGCACUCUACUUUGUAAAAGGUUUCAUCGCCCACAUGAAUGCCUAUCACAAAACCGAGUUUCAGUGUCUGGACGGUAGCAUGCCAAAGUUUCUGGGUGGCGGAUUCGAUAAAGUGGUAGCGGUCUUGGCGGCACAAUCGAGCUCUGUUACUUUGCAGGUGGCGUCGAUGUUGAGGUUAUUCGCAGUACCACAGAUCUCAUACAUGGCCACAACUCCGUCACUUAGCAGUAAGGAACGCUUCCCGCACUUCUUCAGGACGGUGCCGAGCGACGUCAAUCAGGCACACGCGAUGCUCGAGAUUCUCAAACAGUUCGAGUGGACUUACGUCUCAGUAGUAUACUCCGGCACGGAAUAUGGCAAUGAUGGUUAUGAAACUCUUGUCGAUUUGGCAAGUAAAUAUUCAAUUUGCUUCUCUGCGCCUCAACGCAUCGACACGGAAAGAUUCAGUCCCGAAGAUUAUGACAAUGUUAUAAGAACCAUCGCCAACAAAACUGAAGUUCGAGUAGUGGUUAUAUUCGCGGAAAAGAUAGCGACGCUAUAUGUGAUGGAGGCAGCAAGACGUUUGGGUGUUGGUACACGUUACGUAUGGAUUGGCAGUGAUGCUUGGUCGACGAGCAAUCAUCGUAACUUCUUUAAUCCUGGAAGACAUAAAGACGCUAAGGAAGUUGUUCUUGAAGGUGCACUCGCAGUUCAACCGUUAUCUCGGACAAUGAUUGGAUUCGAUGAGUAUUUUACAAAUUUGACGAUCGAACACAAAACUGUAAAUCCAUGGUUUCGAGAAUUUUGGCAGGCUUAUCAUCACUGCGAUAAUCUCAAUGUUACCGAGUCUAGCGUUGAUUAUGACGAGGUCUUACACGUCUCCGGUUGCGGGGACGUGUCGAAGAGACGAAUUAGCCAUGAGACGGGCUACAAGCAGCAGCAGUUCGUGCAUUUCGUACGGGACGCGGUAUAUGCGGUGGCUUACGCUCUGCAUGACCUGUUUGUCGAGCGUUGCGGCCACGAGUAUCAGGGUAUGUGCGAAACAUUGGGACACAUCGACGGUGCUAUACUCACUAACUAUCUCGCCAACGUUUCAUUCAAAGACGAGGCAGGCAAUAAAUUCAGAUUCAUGAAUGGUGGUGACGGUCCACCGAGAUAUUCGAUUCUUAACUACCAGAGGGGCACCGAUGGAUCCUACCGUUGGCAUGUCGUGGGAAAUUACACGCAGUCGGAAAACGGCAGCCCAGUAUUACAUUUGGAACCACGUAUAAUGAAGUAUCGUAGUCAAAAGAAAGGCGGUCGACGGUUUUUUCCUAAUUCAACUUGUGCGAGUCCUUGCAAGCCUGAUCAAGUGAAAGUACGGGAAAAACAAGAUGCAUGUUGCUGGCGUUGUCGCAAUUGCGGCUUGUAUCAGUUCAAAUUGGACAGCCACAGAUGCGAGGAUUGCGAUUGGGGGACAAGACCUACGUAUGACAAAACAGCUUGCGUGCCCAUACCCGAAGAGUUUGUCGACUAUAGUAGUCCCUGGACUGUUAUUGCUAUGGCUGUGGCUUUCAUUGGCGUAAUGUCAACAAUUUUCGUUCUGUGCACAUUUUGGAUAUACAGCGAGACACCAAUAAUCAAGGCGUCAGGUCGCGAGUUGUCAUCGUUGCUGUUAAUUGGUACUUUAGCUUCCUUCAUAAUGACCUUCGCCAUUAUCGCCAGGCCCAAUACGCAGACUUGCGCUAUCACGAGGUUUGGCAUUGGGUUAUGUUAUACCUUGUGCUAUGCCGCCCUUGUUACCAAGACCAACAGGAUCCACCGCAUAUUCAACAACGCCACCAACAGCCCGCAUAAACCAAGGUAUACUAGUCCCAGGUCUCAGUUGAUAAUAACGUGCAUCCUUAUCGUCAUCGAGAUUCUGAUAAAUGGCACUUGGUUGCUGAAGGCGCCACCGUCUGCCAUUUACACUUUUCCGACAAGGGAUGUUCGUUUGAGGAUUUGUCAAGGCUUCGACGACCGAUCGUAUAUGAUCGGGUUAAUAUAUCCUUUCAUUCUUAUUGUGAUCUGCACGAUUUAUGCUGUGAAAACACGGAAAUGUCCAGAAGGUUUUAAUGAGACGCGUUACAUUGCCUUUACCAAUUACACAACGCUGAUCUUAUGGCUCGCCUUCGUUCCUUUGUACUUGGCUUCAACGAGUAACGCUAUUCGUGUAGUUACUUUAGCUCUCUCGCUUUCGCUGAGCGCUUUUGUUCAACUUGGCUGCUUGUUCUUUCCAAAGAUCUACAUUGUCCUAAUGAAGCCUGAAAAGAACACCAAGGAACUCGUUAUGGCUCAUCAUCGAAGUUCCUCAUACUUACCCACACCUGCAACGCCAGUUGUCAUUUUAAACGGCAAUCCAUUUCAAUUUAACGCUGCUAACAGUAGGGAAAAUUAAAAGUUACAAUGUUUAUAUAAGAUAUUUUUUAGUGCGUGAAUUUGUGUAGAAGAGAAUCUUACAUAAUUUUUUCCAAUAUUUACGACAUCAGAUAUAAGAAUCAUUCAAAUUUUUGAUACCGAUUCUUUAUAAUAUUCAAGCGGCAAGAAUGGAGAUUAGCAAAAUCUUCAAUUUCAGUAAUUUAUUUAUUGUCAUAAAAAAACAAUAUGAAUUAUAGUUAUUAAAACUGUAAGGUAUAUCAAAGUGAAUCUAGAAAAGGAAAAAUAGAAAUCAACUGUAAUUUAUUACGAAAAUAUUAAUCUAAUUCUAGUCUAAUAUUUAUAACUAUACAUUUAUAUUUUUAUUUCUAGUCAAAGUUUAUUGUUAUUCGUAAAUAGAUGUGGAAAGUGAUUUAAUUUUAACCGAAAAUGUCUAUCAAUGGUCACUAAUCAAACGUAUUUAAAAAGUAAUUAUAAUUCAUGUAUUUCUUUUUAUUAUACGUUAGAAUGACAACUCAUUGUUCAAUGUUUAAGGUUCUCUUAAAUUGUAACUCUGAUUAUAUGAUUGCUGGACGUAUUCUAAAAAAUACUGACUAGUUCUUAAAAACUAGUUUAGUGAUUUACUAUUUACCUAUCAUACAAUGAAAUCGAAAAUUUAGAGUUUGUUGCUAUUGUUGUAAUUGAUUUUUUUAGCGUUAAAACUUCAACAGAUGGAUGCGGAUAUAAAACAAUACUAUGACUUGAAAAUAAUAUAAGAAGUAAAUUCAACGCAUACAACUUUAAUGUAAUUUUGUUCUUAAUGGAUAACAUUAUUUUUGAUUGUCAUAUUGUAAUAAUGAACAUGGGUAAUCAUAAUUAAUCUUAUCUUAGAAAUACUAUAAAUAGAGAACUGAACAAAGUAUAUGACUUUUUAAUUUUGUAUGGUAGGAUGAAUAAAUAAUACAAGAUUUGAUUAAUUGUUUGUAAAUAUAUUAUUAACAUCUAUAGUAUAAUAAUGAAAA